UUAGAUAAUAGAGAGAGAGAGAGAGUUCUAGAGUGAGAAAGAGAGGGAUGAAUUAGGUAUAUUAUCGAUAAGAACAAGCUUAAAUCGAUCGUUGAUGUGUGCGUUGGUUUGCGAAGGCAAUUAAAGGAGAAUCAGAAAUAUUAGAAUUAGAAGAGAUGAAUUGUGUGAAUAAUAUUAGGUGGAGCCUCCUCUGCUGCUCCUUCAUCGUCUUCUUCUUAUUAUCACUGCCACCUCAUCCCUCCAUGGCUCAAACUCAAACUCAAACUCAAACUCAAAACGCCACUACAGAUCUUUCUGAAGUGAGAGCACUAAAUACACUAUUCGGAAAGUGGGGCAUAAAACCAAACACAACGAGUUGGAAUAUAAGUGGAGACCCAUGUACUGGAACCGCCAUUGAUGAUAACAUCAAACGAGAAGACAUGGACAACCCAGGCGUCAAAUGUAAUUGUACCUUCGACAGCAACAGCACUUGCCAUGUCACUCACUUGAGAGUGCAGGAAUUGGAGCUGCAAGGAACGAUUCCAGAAGAAAUCACAGCUUUCAAAUUCUUGACAUAUUUGAAGAUCAACUUGAAUCACUUAUCAGGAACUUUGCCAGUAUUCUUGGGAAACUUUUCGGUACUAGAACAAAUAGAUGUUGGCCACAAUGCAUUUCAUGGGGCAGUUCCAAAGGAGCUUGGUAACCUUAAGAAUCUAAAUAUGCUUGCCUUGGGGUCAAAUAAUUUUUCUGGACCACUUCCCCCAGAAAUUGGUAAUUUGUUGAAACUUGAGCAAAUUUACAUAGACAGUUCGGGAAUAAGUGGUGAAUUUCCCUCCACAUUCGCCAACCUUAAAAAUAUGCAAAUCUUGGAUACACUAGAUACUCCUCUCUCUGGGAAGAUACCGGACUUCAUAGGGAAUUGGACACGUCUAACUAAUUUGACAUUUGUAGGGAACUCUCUUCAAGGUCCCAUACCAUCUAGUUUUUCUCAAUUGACCUCAUUGACAUCUAUGAAAAUUGGGGAUCUAUCGAAUGGGAGCACUUCCCUUGAUUUUGUCAAAAAUUUGAAGAACUUGACUGAGUUAAUUCUGAGAAAUGCAUUGAUUUCUGGUCCAAUUAUAUCUGACAUUGGAGAAUUGAAACGUCUAAAAACACUGGAUUUGAGUUUCAACAAUUUAAGUGGAAAUAUCCCUCCUUCGUUGUUCGUCAUGAAUGAUCUAACAAGCUUAUUUCUCGGAAACAAUAGUCUGACAGGUGGCAUUCCCGGUGUUUGGAAUGGAAAUCCUUUGUAUAUAGAUUUGUCUUACAAUUUCCUAUCAGGGCGUUUACCAAGAUGGCGAGGCUCAAUAUCACAACUGAACUUGGUUGCAAACAAUUUCAUAUUUGACGAUUUCAACAAAUCAGAUGCUCCUGGACUAGAUUGUCUCCAAAGAAACUUUCCCUGCAAUAGAAAGACCCCAAUUCAUACAAGCUUUGCAAUUAAGUGUGGAGGACCGCAGAUGACAGGAAAUGAUGGCACUAUGUAUGAAGCUGAAGAGAUAGUUCUUGGCCCAGCAAAGUUUCAAGUUAGUGGCAGACAAAAUUGGGCAGUCAGCAAGGUUGGUUUAUAUGCUGAUAAAACAGGUAAACUAGAUAUUGAAGGAACCCAGGCACAAGUCACAUCAACCAAUGAGAAGCCAGAGUUCUUCCAUACUGCAAGAAUGUCCCCAGGAUCACUACGAUACUAUGGUCUUGGUCUUGUGAAUGGACCUUAUACUGUGACGUUGCAUUUUGCAGAAAUUGGUUUUCCUAAUCAAAGCACAAACUUGUGGGCUAGUCUAGCAAAGCGUGUGUUCGAUAUUUAUAUUCAGGGACGUCGCUUAGAAAAGGACUUUGACAUAUCUAAGAGAGCAGGUGGAGUUUUGAAAGCAAUCCCAAUGAAGUACAAAGUCAAUGUGACAGAGAACUAUAUUGAAAUUCACUUAUUCUGGGCUGGUAAAGGGACCUGUUGCAUACCUAAAGAAGGUUACUAUGGUCCAUUGAUAGCAGCUGUCCAUGCUAAGGCAGAUUUCGAAGUACCUAGAGCAGGAAACAAGAAGAAGACGGGGAUAAUUAUUGGUAUUGUAGUCCCUAUUGUGGUUAUCGGUCUAGCAUUGCUACUAUUAGUAUUUUACAUGAGAAGAAAAUCAGACGAUGAUGAUGCUCAAGAAUUACUCGGAAUAGGCCCAAAACCAGAUACUUUUAGCUAUUCAGAACUAAGAGUUGCCACAGGAGACUUCAGUUCUGCAAAUAAGCUCGGAGAGGGAGGAUUUGGUCACGUUUACAAGGGUACACUUCCGGAUGGGAGGGAAGUAGCUGUUAAACAACUUUCAGUAGCUUCUAACCAUGGAAAAGGUCAAUUUAUGGCUGAAAUUGCCACAAUAUCAGUUGUGCAACAUCGCAAUCUAGUGAAAUUGUAUGGAUGCUGUAUUCAAGGAAAUAGGCACAUCCUGGUUUAUGAGUAUCUUCAUAACAGAAGUCUUGAUCAAGCACUGUUUGGAAAGAAUAAUUUGCACUUAGACUGGCCUACCCGAUUCAAUAUAUGCUUAGGUACAGCAAGAGGGCUUGCUUAUCUUCACGAAGAAUCCAGACCAAGGAUUGUACAUCGAGAUGUCAAAGCUAGUAAUAUUUUACUUGAUGAUGCACUUUGUCCAAAAAUAUCAGAUUUCGGAUUGGCAAAGCUCUACGAUGACAAUAAAACACACAUGAGCACACGAGUUGCAGGAACAAUAGGAUAUUUGGCUCCAGAAUAUGCAAUGCGUGGCCACCUGACAGAAAAGGCUGAUAUUUUUGGUUUCGGUGUUGUUGCUUUGGAGAUUGUUAGCGGCAAACCCAACUUUUAUAACCAAGGCAAUGAAAGUGUUUAUCUCCUCGAACGGGCAUGGAAUUUACAUGAAAAUAAUCAAAGUUUGGAGUUGAUAGAUCCAUCACUAACCGAGUUUGACGCAAAAGAAGCCAUCAGAAUAAUAAGAGUGGCUCUUUUGUGCACUCAAGGAUCGCCAACAAUCCGUCCAUCAAUGUCGCGUGUCAUUGGGAUGCUUGCAGGAGAUAGUGAAAUUGAGAAUGCUAGAUCCAAGCCAAGUUAUCUUACAGAUAUGGAUUAUAAAGAUACAACUACUAUUAGUAGCAUGGGUUUCUCAAGUGAGGCUUACACUCCCGGUUCAUCAAAGGAAAGCAGCUACAUUUUCAGUCAAUCCAUGUGAUGGACAACUUCAGGUUUGAUCCUUACAAGAAUGACUAACUUUAUAGAUAUUUAAUACCAUCCUAGGUUAAUUUGAGAACUUUGGUCUUCAGAUAUACAGAUUAAAGAUCUAUGUCAUUCAUUAUGUGAUUAUUUUAGCUCAUGUAUCAAUUUUUGUAAGUACUUAUGUGAUAUGUAACAAUUUUUUGAAGUACUUGUAUGCAACAUCAAGUUUAUUGGUAAAUACUGCAAAUAUCCGUUUUUGUAACAAA